AUGUCUACUCCAGAGCAGCAUCACCCUCUCAAACUUCCAGACCGGUCUGGAGCAGUUCCUACCUCUACAGAGGCAAGGGCGAAGUGUUGCAUUGCCAUGUUGAAAGAGCAACUGGAAACCAUGAAGCAAGAAAGGGCAAUGAAGCAGAGACUGUUGCAAUGGGAACUGAAUGGGCCGCUUCUAGAGGCUCCUGAGUGA